AUGUUUUCGAACAAAUUCGAAGGGCUCCAUUUAACUAAUGCUACUGGAAAGCACAGGCUGCGGACAUGUGGUCUUUCGGGUACGAUCCUGUUUGAGAUUCUGUUUCGCAAAAAAUAUGUCGACGUGGAUGACUACUAUGAUGGUGAAGACGACGUUAUUAUAUGCGAGAAAGCCGAUGAUGUUCUGCAAGCCAAUCCACCACAUGUGCCAGAAGAUCGUGAGAUUCACGCCGAUCUUCGUGGACUCAUACAGAAGUCGACGGCCGCCGGAUGUGAACCGUGCCAGAAAAAAUACGGAAUCAACGCCCCGAAAAAUUGGUCUGGAUCACUUGUCGACCAAAUGAUAAAAAACAUGGAAGAAUACACUAACGGACUUGAAGAGCUCGUUAAACGAAGAACUGGACUGUUGGAACAAGCGCAGCAAAAGGCAGACGAAUUACUCUCGGAACUGCUUCCCCAACAAUCGUUCCUUUUCAUGGGGGUCUUUUACAGAUCAGUAGCUGAAGAGUUAAAGGUUGGCAGGAGAGUGAAUGCUAAAAACUACAAGUCGGCGACAAUACUCUACUCGGAUAUCGUCGGUUUUACGUCGUUGUGUUCUGAGUCAGAGCCUAUGGAGGUUGUCGCUUUACUCAGCGGAAUGUUCCAACAAUUUGACCAUAUCAUUAGUCAACACAGCGGCUAUAAGAUGGAAACGAUUGGUGACGCCUAUUGUGUCGCUUCUGGCGUCCCAAAUCCCAGCAAAACUGAACAUGUCUGCAAUAUUGCCACGAUUGCGUUGCUCCAGAGGGAGGUAUGUUUCGUCUUCGAAGCUUAUUUGACCAGAAGGCAUCUAUGA